UUAUAGUCAGAACCGCAGAAUGAGAAAAAAAUACGAGCACUGCGGGACUCCCAAAAAUUUUCCAGAUUUUCCACAAGGCAUGCACCCGCUGCGACGGAGCUGGCGCGACUCUCUCCUCUCUCCCUCCCUCGCUCGCAACCUACCGCAUCACCAAUCGGGGACCAGCGACUGCUGCCUACGUACUGUAUGGUCUCCCAGCGGGUUGGAGGUGGAGGACUCCCAUACUGGAGGAAUGUACAGGGUGAAAUUUCGUUGUUACUUUAGUGGUUUUUAGUUGUAGACUUUGAAUAUACAGGCUUCUUCUUUUUCCCCUCCAGACAAGUAGAACACCCAUCCCCUCUGAACAGUACAAAAUGGCCAAGGAAUUAAAGGACGCAGUCACCAGAGAAUAUACCAUCAACUUACACAAGAGACUCCACGGUGUCACCUUCAAGAAGAGAGCUCCAAAGGCCGUCAAGGAGAUCAAGAAGUUCGCUAAAUUACACAUGGGCACCGACGAUGUCAGAUUAGAUCCUAAACUGAACGUUGAAUUGUGGAAGAGAGGUAUCCAAGGUGUUCCUUACAGAUUGAGAUUGAGAAUCUCCAGAAAGAGAAACGAAGACGAAAACGCAAAGGCCACCAUGUUCUCCUACGUCGAAUCCGUCAGUGUCCCUACUGUUAAAGGUUUAGAAACUAUCGUCGUUGAAGAUGAUGAAUAAAUUAUUUAAUUACUGCAUAUCACUUUGACUCAAGUCCAAGACAAAUUAUCCUUGCAAUAGUUUUCUAAUCUAUCUAUAUAAAAUCCCUACGACUGUUUUUAAUAAAACUUUAAUAAAAAAUCUUCAAAAUUUUUAAACUCAAAGGCACGG